CACCUUCACCAGUACUUUAGCGAUAUACCUCCAUCACCAGAACACAACUUUUUACAGAUGUAAUUUAAUCCAGUAAUAACACAAAGACUCAUUUUCAAAUUCAGCCUUUUGUAGCAAGCAGCCAUGGCAGAAUCCAGAGAUUACGUUGGAGACUUCCUGACAGAAUUCAAGGAGCAGAUAAUUACGAAGGCGACUCGGGUCAGUGACAUUACUGAGGCUGUUAUCUCUCAAAGUCUGAUCCAUGAAGCAGCAGCUCAACAAGUGCAGGCUGCUCCAACCCAGCAGGAGGCAAUGCGGCUCUUAUUUGAGGCUUUGGAACGAGAGCCACCCCUAAACAGAGUGUCCUUCCAUCUCAUCCUGAGAAUGACAGAACCUAAACUGAUUCAAGAACUAGAGUGGAGACAACGCAACAGCAAGCAUACGCAAACAGAGAGAAUCAGUCCACCCACUUCUCCCAGAGAAAAAAGAAGACAGGAUGACAAAAAUGGACAUACAAGUGACAUCCAGAAAAGAAAAGACUCUCUAAAAAGGCGAAGACUGGAAACAAUGCGUGCCAUCGAGCAGAUUGAAAAACUUUGGGAAGGAACUAAGCAAGAAAGGACUGAGAUAGACAACAUGAGACAGCGGAUUCAGCGACAGCAAGAUGAGAUAGUCAGGAUGACCACAGAGAAAAGACAACUUGAGAGAACUAUUACUCAUAUGAAAGCUGAGAUGGACCACAUACAUGAAAGAAUGGAUCAUAAUAAAGAAGAGGUAAAAAGAGAGAGGGAGAGGAUUGAGCAAAUGAGAUCUGACCUCCAAACUGAGCAAACCACCCUGGAGCAAAAGUGUGAUGAAAUCAUGAGAGAGAGACAGAAUUUGGAGAUGAUCAGAUAUGAGACUCUGAGACAGAAGGAGGAGCUGGAGAGUGACCGUGAAAGCACAAAGUAUGAGAUGGAACGAAUGGAGCAAAUGAAAAGUGCCAUACAAGUUCAGAUCAAUGAGAUAGAGGUGAAGAUUGAGGAAACACAGAAAGCAAAGUGUCAGAUGGAGCAGAUGAAAGCUGAAAUAGAUGAGGAGAAAAGUGAGUUGGAGAGAAAGAAGUGUGACAUUAAGAGGCAAAGAGACCAGUUUGAGCAGAUUAAAGCUGACAUACAGCAAGUAAAGAUGGAAAUGGAGCAAAGGUGGCAUGAAACAGAGAAAGAAUGGCUAGAACAGAGAGCUAUGAUACAAAGAGAGAGAGAUGAGCUGAAAUACCUGCAGGACGAGAUUCAAAGAGCAAGAGAAGAGAUAGAAAGAAACAGAGAGUUUUCAAAACAUGAGAAUGAGAGAAUAAACCAGCUGAGAGCGCAAGCACUUACAGAAAACAGCCUGAUUGAAAAUAAAUGGCAAGAAGUCUUAAGAAAAGAAAAGGAUCUGGAAGAGAUGAAACAUGAAAUUGAGAGAGGCCGAGAUGAGUUGGUGAUGAAUGGAGAGCUGGUCAAAAAAGAAUGGGAAAAGACUGAACAGGCCAAAGUGGACAUACAAAACCAUGCAAUAUCUAUGGAAGCCAGAGUUGAGGAAAUAAAAAGAGAAACUGAUAGAGUAAAACAUAUGAAAAUAGAGAUGCAGAAGGACAAAGAUAUUCUAGAAAAACAGAAGGAUGAUAUACGAAAAGCUAAAGAAGAAAUGGAGAAGAAGAGGUAUGAGAUAGUGACAGAGGAGCUAGAGCACAGAGCUCGACUGCAGAGGGAGAAAGACGAGCUGGAGAAUUUAAGAGUAGAGAUACAAAGAGCUAACGAUGUGGAGAAAGCAAAGAUACUGAAGGAGAAGGAAGAAAGUGUUAAGAUAAGGGAAGAAGCCAGACAAGAAAGAGAAACGACAGAACUAAUCAAAGCAGAGAUCAAGGCAGAAAAAGACAGCUUGAACCGAAAACAAGAGGAGAUGCUGAGGGAGAGACAAGAUUUAGACAGAAUUAAACGUGAGACACACAGAGCCAAAGAAGAGAUUGAGAACAGCCAAGAAGUCACAAUCCGGGAAAAUGAGAAAAUGGAAAAAAUGAAGGCUGAAAUUCAAGGACAAAUUGAAGAUAUUGAGAAAAAAAUUGAAGACAUACAAAAAACAAAAGAACAAAUGGAGGAGACAAAGGCUGAGUUGGAGGCAGAGCAGGAAGAGCUGGAAAGAAAGAGAGAAUCAGUGAGAAGAGAGACCGAACAGUGUGAGUUCCUCAGAAGUGAAAUACUCAGAGUUAAAGAGGAAAUGGAGAGCAGGUGGAAUGAAACAGAGAAAGAGGAAGUCGAACUCAGAGCGAAAACUCAGAAUGAGCUGAAAAAAUUGGAAAAAUUAAGGGAUGAGGUUCAAAGCUCUCAGAAAAACAUUGAGGAGAGCAGGAUGGAGCUCUUGCAGUGGAAGGACAGUCUUGAAAAAAUUAAGGUUCAGGUAGAAGAUGACAAACUUGCAGCUAUCAAACAGAUGGAUGAGGCUAAAGCCAAGAGAGAGGAGAUGGCAAAAAUGAUAGAACAGAUGGAAAAAGAGCGAGGAGAAAUUAAUAACAGCAGAGAAAAGGCUAAACAAGAAGCGGAUGAAGUCAAAAGCAUGAGAAAAGAGCUACAAAGACAUCAAGCAGAAAUAGAGAACAGAAUUAGAGUUGCAAAACAAGAAAAAGAGGAGUCAAACCUUGCCAAACUUGCAGUCCAAGAGGCUGAGAUGCUCUUAAAAAAGCAAAUGGAAGAGUCAGAAAAGAGACGGUAUGAAACCAUAACAGAGACGUUGGAGCAAAGAGAUGAAAUACACAAAAAAACAGAGGAGUUAGAACAAAUAAAUGAAGAGAUACAAAAAGCCAGACAUGAGCUGGAAAAGUUGAGGCAUUCUGAAAGAAGAGAACCUGCUGAAAAUCCUGGAGGAUACACAGCAAGAGAAAGAGUCUGUUGAGCAAAUAAAAUAGCUGUGCUGAAGGACAAGAAAGAUCAAGAAAAGCAUUUAGCCGAGAUGGACAAAGAGAGAGAAGAGUUGAAACAAAUUAGAGUUCAGGUCCAGAACGAAAAGAAAGAUCUAGAAAAACAAAGGCAUGAAAUUAUGAGAUAUGAUGUAGAACAGAGUGCUCAAGUGCAGAGACAAAGAGAAGAACUUGAAAAGAUCAAGACUCAGCUAGUUCUAGACACAGAAACCAUGAACAGAAGCAGAGAAUUAGCACAACAAGACAGAGAGAAAGCUGAACAUCUUAUGAUUGAGAUCCAGGAACAAAGAGAGGAAAUGAAUAAAAGGUUAGAGGAGACAAAGCGACGAGAAGAUGCUCUGAGGAAGAUGAGAGAGGACAUGGAGCAUGAGAGAGAGGAUCUGGAGAAGAUCCGUGUGGAAACGCUGAGAGGGAAAGACACAUAUGAAGAGGUCAAGGAUGAGAUUAACAGGGUGAGAGCGGAGAUAGAGAGGUUGUGGGACGAGGCUGAAAAGGGAGAGCACGAGGAACGUGAGAGGAUGAACAGGGAGAAGGAGGAGGUGAUGAGGAAGAUGGAAGCUAUGAAGAAGGAGAUGGGUGAGUUUGAAGACAUGAAAACAGAGUUAACAAAACAGAAAAAGGACAUCAACGUAAAGAUGGAAAAAGCAAGGUUGGAAAUGACUAAUCUUGAAAAGAUGAAAGCAGACCUCCAAAAACAAAAAGAAGAUAUUGAAAUCCAGAUGAUGGAAGCAAAAAGUGAGAGAUACCAGACUGAACUGGUGAGAUCUGAGAUCUUAAAACAAAAAGAGGAUGUUGAAAGGAAAAUGGAGCUAGCAAAAGCAGAAAUGGACAAAAUGCAACUUUUCAAAGAGGAAAUACAAAGACAAAGAGAAGAGCUGGAAGAAAGGAUGCAGAAAACCAAACGAGAGAUUGGAGAAGUGGAGCUGAUAAAGAGAGAAAUGGAAGGGAAGAAGAAAGAACUUGACCAAAGGAUGAAAUUGACUAUGAGGAAGAAGGACGAGAUGGAACGACUGAGGAUGGAGAUACAAAGGGCAAAAGAUGAGAUGGAACAGAAAAGGGCAGAGACGGAGAGGCAGAAAUAUGAAAUGGAGAAAGUUAAAGCUGAAAUCCAAAGAGCAAGAGAUGAGUUUGAACUUAGGAUGGAGGAGAGAGAUUUAGAAGAAGAGAAAGGACAGAUGAACCUCACAAUAAUCAACCUUAUUCAGCAAAUUGAAGGUACAAGGGAAAUGGUGCGGAAAGCUAAAUUCCAAAUUGAAAGCCGUAUGGCAGAAAGUCAGAUGGAGACAACAGACAAAGAGGAGAUGAAUGCUGAGAUGCAGAGGCUCAUUCUGGAGAUUGAACACAUCCGUGAAAUGCUGCGAGGACUUAAGGCUGAGGUAGAACACAACAAGGAAAUGAUGAAGAAAGACAGGGAUGAGAUGAGGCUGUUGAAGAAUGAAGUACAACGAAGGAGAAGAGAGAUUGAAUACAGAGAAGAAAAGAUUAGGAGAGAACGAGAUGAACUACAACUUAUGAGAAAUAUGAUGCAGCGGCAAAGAGAGGAAUUGGAGGUGAGGCUAGAGGAGACCAUUAAAGAGAAUGAUACGGUGGAGCAGAUGAGAGAAGAUGUGAAAAAUGCUUUGAAAGACAUAGAACAGGCCAAAGAAGAAAUAAGGAGAAAGAAAGAACUAAUUACUCUAGAAAAGGCGGGCAAAGAAAAGAUUCAACCAACCAUCAUUCCAACCGAGAGCCAAGAGUAUGCAAAGACAGAAGAAAUAGCUGCCAGUAAAGUGGAAGACUUUGUGAGUGAUGUACAGAAUGAAAGACAAGAACUGGAACAAUAUAAAGAAAUCAUUUUAAAAGAGAAGCAUGAACUAGAGAAAACAAAGGAGGAUGUACAAGCGGCGAAGAAUGAAGCUGAAGAGAGGAAGAAAAAAUUACAAGAGGAGGAAAUAGAGAUUGGAAAGAAACGAGUAAGUCUACAAAACUGGGAAAGACUGCUGCAAUCUGAGAGAGAAGAGAACCAGAGAGGUUUAGAUUUAAUAUGGAAAGAGAAAAGGCAGCUAGAUCAAAGAAAACAAGAACUAGAAAGAGAGAAAGAGAAAUGCGAUUUGGAAAAAACAAGAUUAAUGGAAAUUACACAAGUUGAUGUACAAGUCCAAACUGAUGUGAUCGAGGAUGUAGGAAAAUAUCAGAUGACCAUGGAUGAGCUGGAUAUAGAGCGACAAGCUUUGGAGAAUUUUAAAGCAGACUUACUUGCACAAAAAGGUACAAUUGAGAGACAACUGGCAGAGAUAAAACUGAGCAAGGAUGAAUUUUCAGUCAAAGAAGCCGCACUCCACACUGCAACAAAAAACACGGCAGACAUAGAGUCACAAUUAGAGCUGCGAAAACAGGAGCUAGAACGAACAAGAGAUGACUUGGAAAAGACAAAGCUAGAAAUACAGAAAGGAUGGGAUGACCUGCAGACUGAGAUUACAGAAAGCAGAGAAAAAGAAGACAUGCUAAGAAUAGAAUUACAAAAAGCGAGAGAUGUCCUAAAUCACAUUCGACAGGAUACAGAAAAACAAAGGCAAACCAUGGAGGCUGACCUAAAAGACACUUUUGCUAGAGAACUAGAAGACAUAGAAGCUCAGCGAAAAAGGAUAGAGGAUGAAAAGAGAAUGUUACAGAACAUGAAAUAUGAGCUGCAAAAAGAGUCUAGUGAUAUCAAAAGAUUAAAACAGGAUGUGCAAAAAGAAAGACAGAACAUUGAGAAAUGGGCAGAGCAGCUUAAACAAGAGAGGGAGGAACUAGAAAAGAACAUUUGUGAUACACAAGAAGUACAAUCAGAAAUAGCAAGAGAAAAGAAAUAUCUAGAGAACCUGAAAGAGGAGAAUGUUCUGACACUGAAGGAGAUCAAAAUGGAGAGAGAUACUCUUGAGAAAAUAAAUGAACUAAUUUUACAGAAAAAAGAUGAUAUUGAGAAUGAGAAAGAUGAAAUAAAGACAAGAGAAAAUGAACUGCAGCAAAUGCAGGCUGAUCUUAACAGACAACAAAAAGACAUGCAGGAUAUUCAGAAUAUAUUUUUAAUGCAAAAAAGUCAACUUCAGAAAAGCCAAGAUGAAAUAGUUGAAAAGCUAAAACAGGUGGAUGACAUCAGGCAGUUCACACAAAAUGAAAAAGACAAUCUUGACAGAGAAAGGGCGGCUAUAAUGGAACAGAAGCAGCAGAUGGAGAGCAACUUGACAGAUGCAUUAAACAGAGAACUUGAAACUGUGGAGCUUGUGAAAAAAGACUUACUAAAUGAGAAGCGACUUAUUGAGGACUGCAGAAUAGCUUUAACGAGAGAUAUAGAAGAUCUGGAGCAGAAGAAAAUCAAUUUAGAUAGUCAAGCAGAGGUGAUAAAAUUACAAAGACAAAGUAUUGCAGAAGAGAAAAGCAAGUUAAAACAGACUGAAUCUGUGUUGCAAAGAGUAGUUGAAAAUACUGAGAAACUAAGACAAGAUACACUAGCUGAAAGACAGAAGCUUAAAAUCACUGUUGUGCAACUUCAGAAAGAGAGAGAUGCCAUUGCGAGCCUUGCAGAUGAGACAAAAAGAAAGAGAGAGGACCUGGAUAAAAUGCAAGCUGAUGUAGAAAAGCGGGAAAAAGCAUUUGAGGUAUUGAAGGGCACAAAGGCUUAUUUGCAAAAAGAAGCCGGUGUCAUUGAAAAUCUAAGACAAGCUGUUCAAAAAGACAUACAAAGUGUAAAAGAUAUGGAGGCCAAAGUUCAAAAAGAAAGACAAUACACUGAUAGUCUAGUUCAACAGAUUGAAAAGAGGUCAAUAGCUCUGAAUGAGAUGCACAUGGAGGUUGAAAAAGAAAAGCAGUAUGUUGAGUCUGAGAGAGUUGUGCUAGAACAGGAAAAGUCUAAGCUCAGAGAUCUCAAAGAUGAAUUUUCUCAGCAAAAAGAACAUAACAUUAUUAUACUAGAAGAGAUAGAGAAAGAAAGGCACAAUCUUGAGCAGAUGAGUGAAACCAUCUCAAAUCAAAGGUGCAUUGUUGAAAGUGAUAAAGAAAAUUUAAGACAAAGAGAAAAUGAACUGAAACAAAAAUCACAAGAGACUGAAAACAAACAAAAACAAAUAAAUGAUUCUGCAGCAGAUCUGGAGAAAGAGAGACAGGAAUUGGAGAAAUUGAAAGAAGAACUGAGGGUAGAAUAUGAAAAUGUGGAGCUCCAAAAGAAAUAUUUAAUUGAGCAAAAAGAAGUAUUUGAAAGAUCACUAGAAAUAGAUGAGGAAGACAUAGAGAAGAAUAAAGCCAAACUGCACAAAGAAUUAGAAAACUUGCAGUUUGAUAGGCAAUCAUUUGAGAAAGAGAUACAGCAGAUGAGAGCUGACGAUCUAGAGGCUGACAGUGAUGAAAGAACAAAGGAAGAGAUGGUGACUGAAAAGCAGAGCGUAAAAGACAUGGCAGUUCAAAUUCAACAUGAGGGAAAUGAUAGAAAAGAGGCUCUGGAGAGGAUGCACCUUGAGCUACAAAAACAAAAGCAAAACAUUGAGACUGAAAAAGAUAUACUAGAAAAACUGAAGUUUGAAGUGGAGAAAAGCAAAAGAGAGCAGAAAAAUUCCCUUGAGCAAAUGAAGAUGAACAUCUCACAAGAGGAGCAUAAUAUUAAAAAAGCAAAGGAAAGUUUGAGACACCAAGAAAAUGAACUGAAUAUUCGUACAUCACAACUUCAUGCUCAACAAAAAGAAAUAGAAGAGAUUCAGGAUGUUGUCAUGAAAGAGAAGAGUCAGCUUAAUGAAAUACAGGCUAAAAUGGAAAAGCAAAGGAGAGAAUUAGAGAACGCGAUGGACAGACUUGAAAAAGAUAAGACUGAUAUAAUGGAAGAAAGACAAAGAGUUAAUGGCAUUGCAUUAGAACUGAAGAGGGAAAGUGCAACAGUGGAGCUAAUGAAACAAGAAGUUAUCAGAGAAAAAGAAUCUAUUGAAAACGGCAGGAAAAUACUGAAUAAAGAUCUAGAUGAUAUAAAAGACAACAGAACCAUCUUAGCUGUGGAGUUUGAGAGAUUAAACUACCAGAAACAAUUGACUGGCAAAGAAAAGCAAGAAUUUGAUAAGAUGAAAAAUGAACUACAACAAGAAAAGGACAGUCUUGCUAAACUAAGACAAGACAUAGAAAAUGACAGGCAGAAAGUCGAGGAAACGACAAUCAAAUUUCAAAAAGAAAAGGAAGAUAUAGAGAUUUCUUUUGGCAGGUUAAAAUCAGAGGAGGCAAAUCUAAGAAAACAAAUGAUAAUAAUUGAGUAUGAUAGAGACACUCUUAAAAAGGAUAAGUGUGACAUGGAGAAAAUUAAAGCAGAGAUAGCCAGAGCUAAAGAAGAUCUUCAGAACCAAAUUGAAUCACAUGAAAGAGUAAAUGUGUUAACACUAGCAGAAAUACAGAAAGAGAAACACAUUCUUGAGCAGUUAAGAAUGAAGAUAUCCCAACAGAGAGAUGACCUACAAAAGGAAAUUGAGCAAACAACAUACAAACAAGCACAGCUUCAAAAUCUAAAAAAUGAAAUUCAGAAAGAGCAAACAGAGAUAGAUGAGCAGAAGGUGAUGAUUGCACUAGAAAAGAGUGGGCUGAAAGACAUUAAAGCUCAAAUAGAUCAACAGAAAAAAGAGACAGAUGAAACCAAAGAACAAAUUAAAAAGGAGAGAAAUGAUAUUGAGAGGGAAAGAGCAGAACUAAUUAAUCAAAAACAACAAAUGGAGGUAAAGUCGAGGCAAGAACUAAAAAUGGAAAGUGAAAAAUUAGAGCUGCUCAGGAAGGAGUUGUGUGAUGUAAAAGAAGGAAUUGACAACUGCAGGAAAAGCAUAAAAACAGACAUGGAUACAUUGGAACAAACAAAGCUUGAUGUAAUGAAAGAGUUGGAGAACAUUAAGCUUCAGAAAGAAAUGGCUGAGGAUGAGAAAGAUAAGAUUGAGCAGAUAAAAACUGAGCUAAAAAGAGAGGCUGAAGAUAUUAAAAAGAUAAAAGUAGAGACACAAAAUGAAAGAGAGAAACUUAAGGAAGCAACAUCCCAACUUAAGAAAGAUAGAGAUCAUGUUGAGAGUCUUGCAGAGGAUCUUCAUAAGAAAAACGUGGCACUAGAAAAUAUGCAUCAGGAAACUGAAUUGCAAAGGAAAGCAAAUGAGUCUAAUAAACUGAUGCAGGAGAAGGCUCUACUUGAGCUGAAAAAAACUGUGACAGAUAUAGCAAGAGCGAAGGAGCAUCUUGAAACCCAGCUUAUUGAAGAAAGAGAAAAUAGCAAGAUCACACUGGCAGAAAUACAGAAAGAAAAAGACAUGCUGCUUCUACUGAGAGAAAGCAUUUCAGAGCAACAAGACAACAUUGCAAAUGAGAGAAAACAAAUGAGUCUGAGAGAGACCGAACUUGAACAACUCCAAGCUCUGAUUUAUAGACAGCAAGAUGAAAUGGAAGCCACACGAAAAGCUAUUACAAUGGAAAAAGACACACUUGAAAAGACAAAGACUGAAAUAGAUCAAAAACAGAGAAAAGUAAAUGAAAUCAUGGAAUUUACAACACGUGAAAAGGCUUAUAUUGAGAAAGACAAGUCUGAAAUGCUAGCACAGAAACACCAAAUGGAGACUGAACUGGAGCUUUUAAAGGUAGAACUGAAUAAUGAAAAAGAAUUAAUUGAGGAAAGGACCCAAAUGUUGAAAACAUACAAUACUGACAUAGACGAAAAAAGAGCAGCCCUAGAGAGAGAGAUAAAGGAGUUUCAAUAUCAUAAAAAUGUUAUUCAGGAUGAGAAGGAUGAUAUACAACAGGUGAAGAUAGAGCUGCAAGGACAAACUGAAGAUAUAAGAAGGCUAAAAGAAGAAACACAAAUUGAAAGACAGCGUUUGGAAAAGAUGACUGAACAACUUCAGAAAGAGAAAGAAGAUAUUAUUAAUCUUGCUCAAGAUACAAAGAGAAAAAAUGAGAUACUGGAUCAAAUGAAAGUAUUACAUGAGUCCACAUUAGAAAAUCUCCAAAAAGAGAUAAUGGAAAAACAGGAUGUGAUUACUGAGCUGAAAAAGAAGUAUAAAAAUGUUGAACUUCAGAUGAAGGAGGUAUUGACUGAAAAGCAAAUGUUAGAAAAUGACAGAAAGCUGCUGAAGAGAGAAAUGGAAAGUCUUCAACAAAAACUAGUUAAUGUAGAAAGAGACUCAGAGUGUCUGGGACUUGAGAGAGAAGCUUUAGAGAAUGAAAAGGAUGUAAUAAAACAGAUCAAAACUGACCUACAAAGAGAAACAAAAGAGAUUGAGAAGAUCAAACUAGAAACACAACAUGAAAGACAAAGGUUUGAUGAAAUGACAGCUAAACUCCAGAAAGACAGAGAAGAAAUUAAUGAUAUUACUGAAGAGACAAAAAGAAAAGACAUGGUCUUGGAUGAAAUGAAGAAAGAAAUUGAUGUGAAAACUAAAGCCAUUGAAUCUGACAGAGACAUGAUUGAGAAGGAAAAACAUGAACUGGAUAAAAUAAAAAAUGAACUUGCUAAAGCAAAGGAGGAUCUUGAAAAAGAAAGAGAAAAGCAAGGAAUCACACUUGCAGAGAUACAGAAAGAGAGAGGCAACCUAGAGGAGAUGAAGACAAGACAAGCGCAUGAUAUUAAAAAUCAAGAUGAACAAAUGAGACAAAAACUGCAUGAACUUGAACAACUGCAAACUGAAAUUCAGAAUCAGAAACAGGAACUAGACAAUGACAGAAACAUUGUAAUAAACAGCAGAACUCAGCUUGAUCUGAGACAAUCCGAGCUAAACAAGCAACAGACAGAGGUGAGUAACAUUAUGGAAAAGAUGAAGAAUGAGAGAAGCCAACUAGAUGAAGAUAAACAGGAGCUGGAAGAACAGAAAGAGCGAAUAAAGAAAGAAAGAGAUGAUGUAGAGCAAAGUAGAAAAUAUCUGAAUGAAGACAAAAAGAUAAUGACAGUUCAGAAACAAGUAUUUGAAGAUGAGAAGAACAAGUUAGAACAGAUGAAGACUGAGCUGCAAAAAGAAGCUGAUUAUAUUAAAGAAGAAACACAAAAUGAAAGACAGACUUUGGAAAAGAUGGCUGAAGAACUUGAAAAAGAGAGAGAAGAUAUUGUUCAUCUUGCUCAAGAUACAAAGAGAAAACAAGAGAUUCUAGAUGAAGGGACAAUGGCAAAUGAAUCUUCAAUGGCAGAUCUACAAAGAGAGAAAAACAACCUUGAGCAAAUGAGAUUGAACAUCUCCAAACAAAAUGAUGAUAUUGAAAACGAGAAAGAGAAAAUAAGACUCAGAGAAGCUGAACUAGAGCAACUACAAGCAGAGGUUUAUAAACAAGAAAGUCAAAUGAAAAAGGAAAAGAACAACAUGGAAACUGAAAAAGCUGCAAUGAUCAGGGAAAAACAGGAUAUGAUGACUGAGCUGAGAAAGAAGUCUGAAGAUGUUGAACGUCAGAUGAAGGAGAUAUGGACUGAAAAGCAAAUGUUAGAAAAUGACAGAAAGCUGCUGAAGAGAGGCAUGGAAGAUCUGCAACAAAAACUAGUUAAUGUAGAAAGAGAUUCAGUAAGUCAGAAACUUGACAGAGAAGUUUUGGAAAAUGAAAAGGAAAUGAUAAACCAGAAAAAAACUGACCUACAAAGAGAAACACAAAAGAUUGAGAUGAUCAAACUAGAAACACAACAUGAAAGACAAAGGUUUGAUGAAAUGACAGCUAAACUCCAGAAAGAGAGAGAAGAAAUUAAUGAUCUUACUGAAGAGACAAAAAGAAAAGACAUGGUCUUGGAUGAAAUGAACAAAGAAAUUGAUGUGAAAACUAAAGCCAUUGAAUCUGACAGACACAUAAUUGAGAAGGAAAAACAUGAACUGGAUAAAAUAAAAAAUGAACUUGCUAAAGCAAAGGAGGAUCUUGAAAAAGAAAGAGAAAAGCAAGGAAUCACACUUGCAGAGAUACAGAAAGAGAGAGGCAACCUAGAGGAGAUGAAGACAAGACAAGCGCAUGAUAUUAAAAAUCAAGAUGAACAAAUGAGACAAAAACUGCAUGAACUUGAACAACUGCAAACUGAAAUUCAGAAUCAGAAACAGGAACUAGACAAUGACAGAAACAUUGUAAUAAACAGCAGAACUCAGCUUGAUCUGAGACAAUCCGAGCUAAACAAGCAACAGACAGAGGUGAGUAACAUUAUGGAAAAGAUGAAGAAUGUGAGAAGCCAACUAGAUGAAGAUAAACAGGAGCUGGAAGAACAGAAAGAGCGAAUAAAGAAAGAAAGAGAUGAUGUUGAGCAAAGUAGAAAAGAUCUGAAUGAAGAACAAAAGAUAAUGACACUCCAGAAACAGGUAUUUGAAGAUGAGAAGAACAAGUUAGAACAGAUGAAGACUGAGCUGCAAAGAAAAGCUGAUGAUAUCAAAGAGGAAACACAAAAUGAAAGACAGACUUUGGAAAAGAUGUCUGAAGAACUUGAAAAAGAGAGAGAAGAUAUUGUUCAUCUUGCUCAAGAUACAAAGAGAAAACAAGAGAUUCUAGAUGAAGGGACAAUGGCAAAUGAAUCUUCAAUGGCAGAUCUACAAAGAGAGAAAAACAACCUUGAGCAAAUGAGAUUGAACAUCUCCAAACAAAAUGAUGAUAUUGAAAACGAGAAAGAGAAAAUAAGACUCAGAGAAGCUGAACUAGAGCAACUACAAGCAGAGGUUUAUAAACAAGAAAGUCAAAUGAAAAAGGAAAAGAACAACAUGGAAACUGAAAAAGCUGCAAUGAUCAGGGAAAAACAGGAUAUGAUGACUGAGCUGAGAAAGAAGUCUGAAGAUGUUGAACGUCAGAUGAAGGAGAUAUGGACUGAAAAGCAAAUGUUAGAAAAUGACAGAAAGCUGCUGAAGAGAGGCAUGGAAGAUCUGCAACAAAAACUAGUUAAUGUAGAAAGAGAUUCAGUAAGUCAGAAACUUGAUAGAGAAGUUUUGGAAAAUGAAAAGGAAAUGAUAAACCAGAUAAAAACUGACCUACAAAGAGAAGCACAAAAGAUUGAGAUGAUCAAACUAGAAACGCAACAUGAAAGACAAAGGUUUGAUGAAAUGACAGCUAAACUCCAGAAAGAGAGAGAAGAAAUUAAUGAUAUUACUGAAGAGACAAAAAGAAAAGACAUGGUCUUGGAUGAAAUGAAGAAAGAAAUUGAUGUGAAAACUAAAGCCAUUGAAUCUGACAGACACAUAAUUGAGAAGGAAAAACAUGAACUGGAUAAAAUAAAAAAUGAACUUGCUAAAGCAAAGGAGGAUCUUGAAAAAGAAAGAGAAAAGCAAGGAAUCACACUUGCAGAGAUACAGAAAGAGAGAGGCAACCUAGAGGAGAUGAAGACAAGACAAGCGCAUGAUAUUAAAAAUCAAGAUGAACAAAUGAGACAAAAACUGCAUGAACUUGAACAACUGCAAACUGAAAUUCAGAAUCAGAAACAGGAACUAGACAAUGACAGAAACAUUGUAAUAAACAGCAGAACUCAGCUUGAUCUGAGACAAUCUGAGCUAAACAAGCAACAGACAGAGGUGAGUAACAUUAUGGAAAAGAUGAAGAAUGUGAGAAGCCAACUAGAUGAAGAUAAACAGGAGCUGGAAGAACAGAAAGAGCGAAUAAAGAAAGAAAGAGAUGAUGUUGAGCAAAGUAGAAAAGAUCUGAAUGAAGAACAAAAGAUAAUGACACUCAGAAACAGAGAAACACAAAAUGAAAGACAGACUUUGGAAAAGAUGGCUGAAGAACUUGAAAAAGAGAGAGAAGAUAUUGUUCAUCUUGCUCAAGAUACAAAGAGAAAACAAGAGAUUCUAGAUGAAGGGACAAUGGCAAAUGAAUCUUCAAUGGCAGAUCUACAAAGAGAGAAAAACAACCUUGAGCAAAUGAGAUUGAACAUCUCCAAACAAAAUGAUGAUAUUGAAAACGAGAAAGAGAAAAUAAGACUCAGAGAAGCUGAACUAGAGCAACUACAAGCAGAGGUUUAUAAACAAGAAAGUCAAAUGAAAAAGGAAAAGAACAACAUGGAAACUGAAAAAGCUGCAAUGAUCAGGGAAAAACAGGAUAUGAUGACUGAGCUGAGAAAGAAGUCUGAAGAUGUUGAACGUCAGAUGAAGGAGAUAUGGACUGAAAAGCAAAUGUUAGAAAAUGACAGAAAGCUGCUGAAGAGAGGCAUGGAAGAUCUGCAACAAAAACUAGUUAAUGUAGAAAGAGAUUCAGUAAGUCAGAAACUUGACAGAGAAGUUUUGGAAAAUGAAAAGGAAAUGAUAAACCAGAUAAAAACUGACCUACAAAGAGAAACACAAAAGAUUGAGAUGAUCAAACUAGAAACACAACAUGAAAGACAAAGGUUUGAUGAAAUGACAGCUAAACUCCAGAAAGAGAGAGAAGAAAUGAAUGAUCUUACUGAAGAGACAAAAAGAAAAGACAUGGUCUUGGAUGAAAUGAACAAAGAAAUUGAUGUGAAAACUAAAGCCAUUGAAUCUGACAGACACAUAAUUGAGAAGGAAAAACAUGAACUGGAUAAAAUAAAAAGUGAACUUGCUAAAGCAAAGGAGGAUCUUGAAAAAGAAAGAGAAAAGCAAGGAAUCACACUUGCAGAGAUACAGAAAGAAAGAGGCAACCUAGAGGAGAUGAAGACAAGACAAGCACAUGAUAUUAAAAAUCAAGAUGAACAAAUGAGACAAAAACUGCAUGAACUUGAACAACUGCAAACUGAAAUUCAGAAUCAGAAACAGGAACUAGACAAUGACAGAAACAUUGUAAUAAACAGCAGAACUCAGCUUGAUCUGAGACAAUCCGAGCUAAACAAGCAACAGACAGAGGUGAGUAACAUUAUGGAAAAGAUGAAGAAUGAGAGAAGCCAACUAGAUGAAGAUAAACAGGAGCUGGAAGAACAGAAAGAGCGAAUAAAGAAAGAAAGAGAUGAUGUAGAGCAAAGUAGAAAAGAUCUGAAUGAAGAACAAAAGAUAAUGACACUCCAGAAACAGGUAUUUGAAGAUGAGAAGAACAAGUUAGAACAGAUGAAGAUUGAGCUGCAAAGAGAAGCUGAUGAUAUCAAAGAGGAAACACAAAAUGAAAGACAGACUUUGGAAAAGAUGGCGGAAGAACUUCAAAAAGAGAGAGAAGAUAUUGUUCAUCUUGCUCAAGAUACAAAGAGAAAACAAGAGAUUCUGGAUGAAGUGAAAACUGCAAAUGAAUCUUCAAUGGCAGAUCUACAAAGAGAGAAAAACAACCUUGAGCAAAUGAGAUCGAACAUCUCCAAACAAAAUGCUGAUAUUGAAAACGAGAAAGAGAAAAUAAGACUCAGAGAAGCUGAACUAGAGCAACUACAAGCAGAGGUUUAUAAACAAGAAGGUCAAAUGAAAAAGGAAACGAACAACUUGGAAACUGAAAGAGCUGCAAUGAUCAGGGAAAAACAGAAUUUGAUGACUGAGCUGAGAAAGAAGUCUGAAGAUGUUGAACUUCAGAUGAAGGAGGUAUGGACUGAAAAGCAAAUUUUAGAAAAUGACAGAAAGCUGCUGAAGAGAGAAAUGGAAAGUCUUCAACAAAAACUAGUUAAUGUAGAAAGAGACUCAGAGUGUCUGGGACUUGAGAGAGAAUCUUUAGAGAAUGAAAAGGAUGUAAUAAAACAGAUCAAAACUGACCUACAAAGAGAAACAAAAGAGAUUGAGAAGAUCAAACUAGAAACACAACAUGAAAAACAAAGGCUUAUUGAAAUAACAGCUAAACUCCAGAAAGAGAAAGAAGAUAUUAAUGACCUCAAUGAGGAAAUUAAAAAGAAGGGAGAUAUUCUGCAUGAAACCUAUACUGUAAUACAAAGGGAACAAGAAGCAAUUGAGAGAAGCAAAGAUUUGAUUAAAAUGGAACAGUCUUACUUAGAGAAAACCAAAGCUGAGAUGUUUCAAAACAAGGAAGAGCAAGAAAAACAACUUUCUGAACAAAGAACAAACAUUGAGAUCACACUGGCAGAGAUACAAACAGAGAGAAACACACUUGAACAGAUGAGUGACAAAAUAACAAGAGAAAAAAGGACAUUUGAAGAUGAAAAGCGAGAGUUACAAAUAGAAAAGAAAGAACUUGAAAGAAUGGGGGCAGACAUCAAAAGAAAACAAGAAGAUAUUGAUCACCUGAGGUUUGGCAUAACAGAAGAGAGUCUGCUUGAGAAGUCAGAGGCUGAAAUGUUUCUUCAGCAGAGUGAUGUAUUCAAGUCUUUAACAGGCAAAGCAAUGUCAAAUCCAGAUCUACAAAGUGUCUCUAUGGAGCAGAUGAUGAAAAUGGACUUAAAAAUGCAUUAG